CCUGUAUUCAAACUAGGAUUGAGGCUGCAGCAACGGUGAAACCUAUGGUUCCUUUCGAACCCACGGUAGACGCAGAAAACCUGAAGAAGUCGAUGAAGAUUCUCGGCACUAAUGAGGAAGCUAUCAUCGAAAUCUUAACGAAGAGAACAUCUUUGCAGAGACAGGAAAUUUUGAGACAGUAUCGUCUUGCCUACGACAGAGAUUUAGUGAAGGACCUUAAGCAUCAUCUCCAUGGCAAAUUCGAGGACGUUGUCGUGGCUUUAAUGACGCCUUUGCCAGAGUACCUCGCCCACGAACUGCACAGGGCAAUGAAGGGCAAAGGCACCAACGAGAAGGUUCUCAUCGAAAUUCUUUGCACCAACGACAACAAGACCAUAAAGGCCAUCAAAGCGGCUUAUGAGGAGCAAAAUGGGAAAUCCUUGGAGAAAGCCGUCAAAGAGGAGACAUCUGGAGACUUUAAGAAGCUCCUGGAGGACCUUGUGUCCUGUGACAGGGAGGAGGACGAGUGUCGACCGGAGCUGGCCUCGGAACUUGCCAAGGAACUGUUUGAUGCAGGGAAAGGCAAAGUGGGCACAGAUGAAGACAAAAUCAGACACAUUCUGACCAAGUAUUCUUAUAGCACCCUACGGUGCGUAUUCGUAGAAUACCAGAAGCUGGCAGGCGGUCCUUUUGAGAAGGAUCUCAGGAGCGAAUUAUCCGGCGAUUUCUUGGAAGCCAUAUUGGCCGUCUACUCCAGCAUCCAGAACCCAGCGAACUUCUUCGCACGCGAACUCCACGCCACCAUGAAGGGAGUGGGGACGCGCGACCGAGCGCUGACUCGCCUGAUCGUAUCCAGGUGCGAAGUGGAUACGAAGGCCAUCAAGACCGAGUUCAUAGACAUCUACGGGAAGACCCUCGAAAAGGCUAUCAAGGGCGAAACACAUGGUGACUACAAAAAGGUCCUUCUUGCCCUCAUCGACGGAUAACCACUCCAGAUAACGUUCUGUCAACAAUGCUGUGGCAACAUUAUUUAUGGACAUAAUCUUUUAACACAAGAUAGCAUAUCGCCAAAGUUAAAAUUCAUUGAGGGAUUUUUCUAAUUCUUGCUUCAUAUCUACACACAAGCAUAUACAAACACGCACACACAUUAUAUAUAUAUACGUAUAUAUAUAUAUA